UUUAAUUUAGGCGCUAUAGUAGCUGUACGCUUGACAAUACAUAAAUAAAUGGCACAGUCCGAAAUCGAUGAACUCUUUGACGUUAAAAACGCUUUUUACAUCGGCUUGUACCAACAAUGUAUUAACGAAGCACAGAAAGUGAAGGUCAGUUCACAACAGAAGAAGAAUGAAUGCGCUGUGUUCAUGUACCGCGCAUACAUCAGCCAGCGAAAGUUUGGCGUCGUUUUGGAUGAAAUAAAAUCUUCAGCAUCUGAAGAGCUUAAAGCUGUGAGGCUUCUGGCAGAUUAUUUAUCUAACCCUUCAAAGAAAGAUGCAGUUUUAAAGACUGUUGAAGAGAAGAUGUCCGGUAACGUUGACAUUGAAAAUCUAACUCUUCCCAUUAUGGCAGCGAGUAUUUAUUAUCAUGAAGCAAAUUACGAAGCUGCUUUGCGCACGUUACAUAACAUGGAAUCAUUGGAGGCGUCAGCUCUCACCAUUCAAAUCCUGCUCACUAUAAAUAGAUUGGAUCUCGCAAAGAAAGAGUUGAAAUCAAUGAUGGAAGCCGACGAGGAUUCAACCCUCACACAGCUUGCACAGGCGUGGUUCAAUAUGUCGGUUGGUGGGGAAAAGUUACAAGAUGCUUACUAUAUAUUUCAGGAAAUGGCUGAUAAAAACCAGAGCAGUAGCUUACUGUUAAAUGGCCAGGCAUCUUGUUACAUGGCACAAGGUAAAUGGGAUGAAGCAGAAAGUGUGUUGCAGGAAGCAAUGGACAAGGACAGCAAUUGUCCCGAAACUCUAAUCAACAUGAUCAUGUUGUCACAACAUAAUGGGAAGGGUCCGGAAGUAACAAGCAGAUAUCUUUCACAAUUGAAAGAUUCUCACAGGGCACAUAGGUUUGUGCAAGAACUAACUAUCAAGGAAAACGAUUUCGAUCGACUGGCUUUACAAUAUGCCCCUGCAUGAUGGAAUUGGAUAUUAGAUGAUUAUUUCGUAUGGAAUAUAAUGUGUAGGGUGUGAUGUGCAAUAUAUGCAAAGUCACCUUUACAUUAUGUUCAUAUUUAAUGUAUGGUUAUGUAAUGUUGCCAUGUAUAUAUAUCUUGUCCGUAUGGAAAAUAUAACAGAUAGCGAAAGUACUUGCUCGGCUGU